AUGCCUAUGGCGCGCCAUGGACUGUCCAAGGUGAAGACCGGGUGUAUCACCUGCAAAAUCCGCAGAGUCAAGUGCGACGAGGCCAGGCCGGCAUGUAACCGCUGCGUGAGCACCGGCAGGAAAUGCGACGGCUACGUCGCGCCGCCCAACGGCACCUACUCCUGGGCCCAGCUCCUCCGCGUGUGCCCGCCUCCGCCGCCGUCCCAGUCGGCCUCGGAGCCGGAACUGCGCGCCAUGUCCUUCUUCCGCACCGUCGUCGCCCCCGUCAUCGCCGGGCCCCUCGACGGCUACUUCUGGACCCAUCUCGCCACCCAGCUCUCCCACCAGGAACUCGCCGCCAAGCACGCCGUCCUCGCCAUCAGCUCCCUCUACGAGAAGUUCAAGGAGAACCCCAUGGACCGUCUCGUCCCGGAGAAGAACCUCUUCGCCGUCUCCAACUACAACGAGGCCAUCCGCCACCUGAGGACCACCGACAACCCGGAGACCGUCCUCUUCGUGUGUAUCCUCUUCGUGUGCAUCGACAUGCUGCGCGGCGAGUGCAAGGGCGCGAUCGAUCACUGCCGCCACGGCGUCAACAUCCUCAACGGCUCGCGGCCCAAGUCGAGGUUCAUCCGCCAGUACCUCGAACCCGCCUUCUGCCGCCUCGGCGUCUUCCCCUUCUUCUUCGGCGUCCGCCCCGAGACGUUCCCCGAGAUGGAGGGCGGGAGACCACCCCCGAGCCCGCCCUUCGACACCCUCGCCGAGGUCCAGGCCGCCCUCGAUCCCUUACUCGUGCGCACCAUCCGCUUCGUCCGGACCGCGGACGAGUACCGCCUCGGCGACGACCUCACCCCGAAACCCGACGCGUCGGUGAUGCAGCGGAGGAAAGACCUCGACUUGGAGCUCGACGCCUGGCACUCUGAACUCACGACAUUCCUCGCAAAAAAGACAGCCAAGAACGCCUCCUCCUCGUCGUCGUCCUCGUCCAAGCGGGACGAACUGGUAAUGCUCCUCCUCGAGAUGAAGUUCCUCGUCGGCAAGAUCUGGAUCGACACGUGCCUCUCGCGCGGCGAGACCAUCUUCGACCUCCACCUCGACAAGUUCCGCCGCAUCAUCGACGUCGCCCGCGACGCCGACGCCCUCCUCCGCUCCACCCCGCGCCACCAGCCCCGCGCCAAGUUCACCUUCGAGAUGGGCUUCAGCCCGCUCCUCGGCUUCGUCGUCGUCAAGUGCCGCUCCCUGCGCCUGCGGACCGCCGCCCUGGGCCUCAUGAGGACGCUGUCCCACGAGAGGGAGAGUCUGUGGGACAACAGCACCGUGCUGGCGUUCGGGCGGAAGCUGGUCGCGGUCGAGCACGAACUGGAUCUCGGGCCGGACGAGGACGUGGAGGCGGUCGUCGACGACGGUACCUUGCCGCCGGAGGGGAGGCGGAUCAAGGACUCGGCUAUGCAGAAGGAGGCGACCGUCGUGCCGCGGGGCGACGGCGGGGUGACGGUCUGGAAGAAGGUCGCCCUCUUGAUGAGGGAGAUUGGAGGUCCUAUCACGGUUAGAGAGGAGUGGUUUGAGGUUCAAUUGAGGCGCAAGCCAUGA